GCCGACUCCGUGGCAGGGAACGGGCGAGCGGAGGAGCGGGGUCGUCCCGGCGCCUCCCGCUCCGCCCCCGCCGCUCCGCCCCCGGUACCGCGGGGAUACCCGGCCGGUUCCGCCCGGUGACAGCCCCGGGAGCUCCGGACCCCGCGGCGUGCCGGGGACCAGGGCCAGGGGGACGCCGGCCCGGCCAUGCCGGGUCCCCGGCAGUGCUGCCCGUGCCCGGGGGGCUGGCGGUGGCUGCCGGCCCUGCGCUGGCUGCCGCGCUACUCCCUGGCCUGGCUGCAGCUGGACCUGAUGGCCGGUCUGACCGUGGGGCUCACCGUCGUGCCGCAGGCCCUGGCGUACGCUGAGGUGGCCGGGCUGCCUCUGCAGUACGGCCUCUACUCUUCCUUCACGGGCUGCUUUGUCUACUGCUUCCUGGGCACUGCCAAGGACGUGACUCUGGGUCCCACAGCCAUCAUGUCGCUGCUUGUCUCCUCUUACGCCUUCCACGAGCCUGUCUAUGCCGUCCUGCUUGCCUUCCUCUCCGGCUGCAUCCAGCUGGCCAUGGGGCUCCUGCACCUCGGUUUCCUUCUGGACUUCAUUUCCUGCCCGGUCAUUAAAGGGUUUACAUCGGCUGCUUCCAUCACCAUUAGCUUCAACCAGGUCAAGAACAUCCUGGGGCUGCAGGGGAUCCCUCGGCAGUUUUUCCUGCAGGUGUAUGAAACACUGCGGAGGAUCGGGGAGACCAGGGCUGGGGACGCCGUCCUGGGGCUGGCCUGCCUGGCUGCGCUGGCAGGGCUCCAGGCCAUGAAGAGCCGCCUGCCCCGAGCUGCUGGUGCUGAGCCGCUGGCUGCCAGGGUCAGCUACCUUAUCGUCUGGACCACUGCCACGGGUGCGCUGGCCACCCCCUGCUCGCUCCCCUCACGUGGUUGUCCCUGCUGGGGUCCUGUCUCUCUGGGGCAGGGAAGAGAUAGCCUGAAACUGGUAAAGACCAGGUCAGCAGGAGCUGAGACUUGGAGGUGGGUCACUGAGGACCAAGUCCCAAGGUUGGUCCUGCCAUUGUACAUGUCCCUUCCUAAGGCUUGGAAGUCCUCAGCAGCCCGGAUACCCACCUCCUGCUGUCCCUCCUGCUGCUCUGGGCUCCAGGCAUGUUUUCAUGGUUGCUCUCUCUGCUGCAGCACGCAACGCCCUGGUGGUCCUGUUUGCUGGCCUGGUUGCCUACUCCUUCCAGGUGAUGGGCUCCCAGCCACUGACACUCACCGGCAGCAUCCCCCGGGGCCUCCCGGCCUUCCGGCUGCCGCGCUUCUCCAUGGCUGCACCCAACGGCACCGUCCCCUUCCGGAGCAUGGUGGAGCCUCUCAGAACAGUUACAGGAUUGACCCCAACCAGGAGCUGCUGGCUCUGGGCUUUGCCAACAUCCUGGGAUCCUUUGUCUCGUCGUAUCCCAUCACGGGCAGCUUUGGCCGGACAGCCGUGAACGCGCAGUCGGGUGUCUGCACCCCCGCAGGAGGGUUGGUCACAGGCACCCUGGUCCUGCUCUCACUGGCGUAUCUCACCUCGCUCUUCUACUACAUCCCCAGAGCAGCGCUGGCCGCUGUCAUCAUCUCGGCUGUGGUCCCCAUGUUUGACGCUGAGAUCUUCAGGACGCUGUGGCGGGUUAAGAGGCUGGACCUCGUGCCCCUCUGUGUGACGUUCCUGCUCUGCUUCUGGGAGGUCCAGUAUGGCAUUGUGGCUGGGGUGCUGGUCUCGGGGAUUCUCCUCCUCUACUCAAUUGCCAGGCCCCCAAUAAAGGUGUUGGAGGGGGACGUGCUCGUUGUGCAGCCGGGGAGCAGCCUGCACUUCCCAGCCGUCGAGUGCCUCCGGGACGCCAUCUGCAGCCGUGCCCUGGCAGCACCAUCUCCACCACGUUCCAUCAUCCUGGACUGUCACCACAUCAGCAGCAUUGAUUACACGGCGGUGGUGGGGCUGGCAGAGCUGCUGCAGGAGCUGCACAACCACAGCCUCUCGCUGGCCUUCUGCAGCGUGCAGGACACUGUUCUCCAAGUCCUGCUGUCUGCAGACUUAGAAGGAUUCCAGCAUUUCCCCAGCCUGGAAGAGGCAGAGCGGGCUGCAGGAGCAGAGUCGGAGGGUGGCAGGGCAGCCCCCUUCACCAGCACCAGCCAGAGCUCACUGCUGCCCACAGGACUCAUCCAGUGAGUCGAGGAGCCACCUGGGACCUUCUCCUCAGCAGUGCCAUGCUGGCUCCACUCCAUGGACUCAUCCACAGGUCACAGUCCCUACUACUCGAGGUCACAUGGGAGUUCCAGGCUGUCCAGCACAGAACCAGCAGUGGUGCCCCAGCCACCACCACUGCUGUUAUCAGAACGUUCCCAGGCUCAGCAGACUCAAGUGAUAAGCAGUGCAGCAGUACAGUGAGCAGUGAAAGCAGAAAGCAGCUCCUAAUGAACAUGAGACUAAUCUACUGUAAGGCAAGCAAGCCCUAUGUCAAGGACAGGAGCCUGCCAGUUAAUAGCUAAACAACAAAACAGCUAUGAAUUCCACCUAGCACAUUCCAAUCAAAUCUGUUGUUAUCUCAAACCCCUUGAGCCCCUCAUUGGGCACCAAAAGGGUCUGUGGUGGUUUAACCCCAGCUGGCAGCUAAGCCCCUCGGAACCGCUUGCUCAUUCCCCCCAGCAGGAUGGGGGGGGAGAAUUGAAAGAGUAAAAGUGUAAAAACUCCUGGGUUGAGAUAAAGACAGUUGGAUCAGUAAAGCAAAAGCUGUCCACACAAGAAAGCAAAACAAGGAAUUCCUAUCAGCAAGCAGAUGUUCAGCCAUCUCCAGGAAAGCAGGGCUCCUUCACACAUAAUGGUGACUUGGGAAGACAGAAGCCGUCGCUUCUUCCUUCUUCUUCUCCAGCUUUAUACGCUGAGCAUGACAACAUAUGGUUUGAAACAUCUCUUUGGUGAGUUGGGGUCAGCUGUCCUGGCUGUGUCCCUUCCAUCUUUUUGUGCACCCCUGGCCCAGUCUCUGGUGGGUUGGGGUGAGGAGCAGAAAAGGCCUUUACACUAUGUAAGCACAGCUCAGCAGUAAGAAAAGCACAAACUGACACCGUGGCACCUUGACAGCUACUGUGGAGAAAAUUAACUCUAUACCAGCCAAAACCAGCACACUGUGACACCCAACCAACAGCCUCCAUGGGAGCUGCCUCCCUUUCCUGCGUCCUGGGUGGCUGGUGGGAUGGAUGUGUGUCAGGCUGGGACCAUCCCCAUGUCCCAUGCAGGGCAGGGCAGACGACGGCUAAGGACAGGUGGUCCAUGGGAGGGAUUAGUGGGGCAAAACUGCUCCCUGCAAAACUGUUUCCUGUCAGUGUCAUCAGGAAGAAUCCAUCCCUCCUCCAGGCCUUCCUCAUCCUCGAAGCUGUUGUCUUUUUUUAAAUCAGCUAUUUUAAUUAUGGAGACUUUUAUUAUUCUAGGACGUGCUGAAUUCUGAUGCAGCAGGUACUUUUGUCAAAGUGAAUUUCAAGGAUGCUGGUGCUGCCCAAGGGCAGGCUGCAGUUCCCAACCUCUUCCUGCUGGGAGAUGGAAAACAGCAGUGGUUUUACUCCUUACUGAUGCCUCUUGGUUUGUGGGGUGUUCUGCCAAAUGCUGCCAUCAGGCAGGGCUGGGCUGUCCCCCUGUGGGUGCAGCCCUUUGCCUGACUUCUGCCAGGCACCCAAGGGGACAGGCCCAGGGACACCAGCUUGUGCUGGCCUUGCUGUGAAAUGGGUGCAAAAAGCAAUGGCCAGGCAGGGGGGCUGGGUUCAGGAGAAAGACAUUCUCCUGGAAUGUCCUUGGCUGACACUCCCGUAAGGAGAGUAUAAUA